AUGGCAUCGUCUUUUUCAGGUUCUUUUAGCAGGCCACAGUCAGCGUUCUCGCAUAGCAACGGCAGAAAGACAUCCAUCGCAGACCCCUAUGGAGAGAACUCGCGUGGCAGCAGUGGUAUUAAUGCUACACCAGACAAGACAAAUAGCGAGGAGACUCAGGGAAAAUCUGGUAACCACUCGACAUGGAAGAAGGAGGGAACAUGUUACAGGGUCGCCCGGGAUGCUUGGCACAAGGUAAAGUUCCUCUUCCAGGUUGCAACCGCACCGCUAUCCGGCAAGGCCAAGGGGAAUGCCGAGACGAAUGAGGUUGAGCUGGACGUGAUGUCGAGCGACACUCAUCGUUCCAACAGGGGAGCUGGCAGCUCAGCGAAUUCGAUGCCGGGACACCAACCACAACCUCAACCGCCGGCGGGGCACGAGAGGAUUAGGACGCAGACUUGGUCUCAGCGAUACAAGACACGCUUUGGAUCUCGACGCGACAAAUACGUACCGAGGAAUCCUUAUGAUAACGGCUUCCUAUCUACGCCCAGAAGCACCCCGUGCUCGACUCUAACUACAAGAACCCCCUGCAAGGACAAGACGAAUGUCGAGGAAUUCAGAAAGACCCCAAGCCCAGGGAAAUGGUUUGCUGGCUUAUUAUAA